CAGAGGCCUCGUUGCUGCAUCCACUGCGCAUGCGCACUGACGCAGCUGCUUCAUGUGUGGUAAGCGGAGUCUUGUGGAGGUCACAGACAACUGAGCCAUCUGAGGUUUCCGUCAUGGCCAAGUUAUUUGAGUCCAUUGGAAAGUUGGGGCUCGCCCUGGCUGUUGGUGGCGGUGUUGUGAAUUCAGCCCUGUUUAACGUCGAUGCAGGGCACCGGGCUGUGAUAUUCGACAGGUUUCGAGGUGUGCAGGAGGCUGUCGUUGGCGAAGGGACCCACUUCCUCAUUCCCUGGGUUCAGAAGCCAAUCAUCUUUGACUGCCGCUCCCGUCCACGCAACGUGCCCGUCAUCACAGGCAGCAAAGAUCUGCAGAAUGUCAACAUCACAUUGCGUAUCCUCUUCCGGCCGGUGACGACUCAGCUGCCUCGCAUCUUCACCAGCAUCGGCGAAGACUACGACGAGAGAGUGCUGCCCUCCAUCACCACAGAAGUCUUAAAGGCUGUAGUUGCUCGGUUCGAUGCUGGAGAACUCAUCACUCAGAGAGAGCUGGUGUCCCGGCAGGUCAGCGAGGACCUGACAGAACGAGCCUCCACCUUCGGCCUCAUCUUGGAUGAUGUUUCCCUGACACAUUUGACUUUUGGUAAAGAAUUCACAGAAGCUGUUGAGAUGAAACAGGUCGCCCAGCAGGAGGCAGAGAGGGCCCGCUUCAUUGUAGAAAAGGCAGAGCAGCAGAAGCAGGCGGCCAUCAUCUCGGCCGAGGGCGACUCCCAGGCUGCCUUGCUCAUCGCCAACUCCCUGAUGGAGGCCGGCGACGGCCUGGUGGAGCUCCGGAAGCUGGAGGCGGCGGAGGACAUCGCCUUCCAGCUGUCGCGGUCCCGUAACGUCACCUACCUGCCCUCGGGCCAGGGCACGUUGCUGCAGCUGCCGCAGUGAGAACGCCGCGCCCCGCCCCGUCAGCGCACCCCCCUCACUCUGGAUCCCACCAGCGCUCAGCGGAGCCGUGGAAGGAGUGGCUGGAGGAUCACUCCACAGAUCCUCCCACUCUCUCUCUCGCUCUCUCUCUCUCUCUGACCAGCCGUGGACUGGGCUCUGCUGACAGCAGCGUGGUGGGGGACACAGUGAGAGGUCUGCCUUUGGAUAUAUUUAUGAAGUCCACCCUCGUGUAAGGAAGUGAAGGGGUUAAAUGCACCGUCUGCAGCAACCUGUGUAUCUAUAAAUGAUUUUGUUUUGGAGAAAAAUCAGCAACACAGUAAACUCUAAUAGUGCUAUAAAGUUUGAGAGAGCAGAGCACUGCACCCGUAGAAAGCAACACUUCUGGUUCCUUUCACAAAUAAGAUGAUAAAUUCUGUUGAUGUGCUAAAAAAAAGAAAAUAAAUUCUGUGCUGAUAACCUCUGCAGUUCACAUGUCUUUCCAAUUUACUCUUGAAGACAGCUGAUUAGAAGUCAUUCCCAGUAGUUGUCUCUAUGUUCUGAUAUGCUAAAGGAUGGAUUCUCUAGCACAGCAUUCAUAAAUGAUAUUUCUACAGCGUGUUGAUUGGAAUGUGCCUACUGGACAGUGGAGGAAGACCCGUCGUUCUGUACAGCUGCUGCUGUUUCUGUAGUUUGUAUGAAGACAGUGUGCGUCACAUGGCUCAGAGAUCGCUCUACAAUAAAAUUGUCUUUCUACC